AUUCACUCCUCUCUCCUCCCUCAAGUCACCCCAAGAGCACCUGCAGUCACCCAGACGGCAGCAGCAACACUCGGCCCCGCACCCCGCUUCACCUCUUGAAUAGCUCUUUCAGCCUACACACCACAUACCGCAACAAUGGCGAACGCAUUGGACCACCUCAACGCUGGCAGGACCAGGAUCGAGUGGCUCAGCCAGCUCAACACUGAGUACCACCCCGCCAAGCAGUACCGUCGCACCUCGAUCAUCGGCACCAUCGGCCCUAAGACCAACUCUGCCGAGAAGAUCAACUCUCUGCGCAAGGCCGGUCUGAACGUUGUCCGCAUGAACUUCUCUCAUGGCUCGUACGAGUACCACCAGUCUGUCAUUGACAAUGCGCGCGAGGCCGAGAAGACACAGGCUGGCCGCCCUCUUGCUAUUGCCCUCGACACCAAGGGCCCCGAGAUCCGCACAGGUAACACUGUUGGCGACGCCGAUAUCCCCAUCAAGGCCGGCACCAUCCUGAACAUUACCACCGAUGAGCAGUACGCCACCGCCUCCGACGACAAGAACAUGUUCGUCGACUACAAGAACAUCACCAAGGUCAUUGAGGUUGGCCGCACAAUCUACGUCGACGACGGUGUUCUGUCGUUCGAGGUCCUUGAGAUCGUUGACGAGCAGACCCUCAAGUGCAAGUGUGUCAACAACGGCAAGAUCUCCUCCAAGAAGGGUGUCAACUUGCCCAAGACCGACAUCGAUCUUCCUCCUCUGUCCGAGAAGGACAAGGCCGAUCUCAAGUUCGGUGUCAAGAACGGUGUCGACAUGGUCUUCGCUUCUUUCAUCCGCCGCGGCAGCGACAUCACCGCUAUCCGCGAGGUCCUCGGCGAGGAGGGCAAGGACAUCCAGAUCAUUGCCAAGGUUGAGAACCAGCAGGGAGUUAACAACUUCGACGAGAUUCUCAAGGAGACUGACGGCGUCAUGGUCGCCCGUGGUGACCUCGGUAUCGAGAUCCCUCCCAGCCAGGUCUUCAUUGCCCAGAAGAUGAUGAUCACCAAGUGCAACAUUGCCGGAAAGCCCGUCAUCACCGCCACACAGAUGCUCGAGUCCAUGACAUACAACCCCCGCCCGACACGUGCCGAGGUCAGUGAUGUCGGUAACGCCGUUCUUGACGGCUCUGACUGCGUCAUGUUGUCUGGAGAGACCGCCAAGGGUGACUACCCCGUCGAGGCUGUCACCAUGAUGCACGAGACCUGCUUGCUCGCCGAGGUCGCUAUCCCAUACGUCAACGCCUUCGACGAGCUGAGGAAGCUUGCUCCCAUCCCCUGCCCCACGACCGAGACCUGUGCCAUGGCCGCUGUCAGCGCCUCUCUCGAGCAGAACGCUGGUGCUAUCCUGGUCCUGACAACGAGCGGUACCACUGCUCGCCUUGUCUCCAAGUACCGCCCCGUGUGCCCCAUCAUCAUGGUUUCUCGUAACGCUACAGCCUGCAGGUAUUCUCACCUGUACCGCGGUGUAUACCCCUUCUUCUUCCCGGAGGAGAAGCCCGACUUCAACCAGAGCCCAUGGCAGGAGGAUGUUGACCGCCGUCUCAAGUGGGGCAUCAUGAACGCUAUCAAGCUCGGUGUCCUGAGCAAGGGCGAUCCCAUUGUCUGUGUGCAGGGCUGGAGGGGAGGUAUGGGCCACACCAACACCCUCCGCAUCGUCCCGGCGACAGAGGAUCUUGGUCUGGACCAGGAGGCUUAAGGAAUGACACAGUCGGCUAUAAUGUAAAGAGUCGUGUCUAUAAUGAGAUUAGAAAUGACGCUGCAAUGAACAAAGAAUACCUUUUCAUGACUCGUUUUGGCAAUUGCGGUUUGGCGUGCUCGGUGCGAUGCUCAGUGCAUACGCUAGUAUAUGU